AAUAUCCAACUAAGUUGCACUCUGCAUGUCCUAUCAUGUCCAUAGUUUACUUUUAAAGAGCAACCGCAUCAUUUCAAUUUUCUCUGUUUCCAUACCAAAAUCCUACCGUUUUUUGCUUCUGGAUUUUUCUUGUUUAAUCUGGUGGGCUAGCUAAAGAAGAAGAAGACCGGAAGAUUGAAAGACCAUUAAGACUCAUUUUCGAUUCCAUGUUCAUGGUGAUAUAAAGGUCAUUCAAAGAAAGCUUUUUCUUUUUCAGAAAGAAAAGUUUCAGGGGCUAAAAGAAAAUGUUUAGGAGGGAACUGUUUCAAAUUAUCUUCAACCGGCUUCAAUUCUCCAAAAUUCAAAUCUAAACCAUUAAAAGGUUUUUUUUAAAGAAUUAGGACCCAAAAAAACAGUUUCGACUGAAAAAUGGACAAUUUAUCAAACCCAGAUGAAAAUUAUGAUCUGGGUUAUCAACCUUCACCUUCUUCUUUGGACCAGAAUGAUCAAUCAACCACAGAAACUCCUGGAUAUUCUACAAUGAGUGGUGAUUCUUUCGUCUAUUGCCGGACAAAUUCAGAGACGUCUGCUUUCUGUGAAACCAUUUCUGAUCAAAGCUGUUCUGGUGAAGCUUCUCCUUCAUGUUGGCCAGACUUGAAAUCUGGAGUUCAUAACCAAGCUGUUCUUACCAGAUUAGGAAUGAAGCAGCAUAAGAAUGUCAUCGCUGACGAUAAAUCUGAUGAUCAAGAAGCAUUAGAUGCAGCAUCCAUGGCAGAGCUUGAGCUAAUGAAGGAAAGGUUUUCGAAACUUUUGCUUGGGGAAGACAUGUCUGGCAGUGGGAAAGGAGUUUGCACGGCAGUUACAAUUUCAAAUGCAAUAACCAACCUCUAUGCAACUGUAUUUGGGCAAAAUUUGAGGUUGGAGCCUCUGAAUCCUGAGAAGAAAGUUAUGUGGAAGAGAGAAAUGGAUUGCCUUCUAUCUGUUUGUGAUUACAUCGUAGAAUUCGUCCCAGCCAAAUCACAAAAUUUACAGGAUGGCACAGCCGUAGAGGUUAUGGCAAGCAGACCAAGAUUGGAUAUUUAUAUAAACCUUCCAGCUUUGAGAAAGCUAGACACUAUGCUUAUUGAAAUACUGGAUAGUUUCCAAGAUACAGAGUUCUGGUAUGCAGAACAUGGAAGCAUGUCAUCGAAUUCAACCCGUUUGGGAUCAUUCAGGAGGAUUGUUCAAGUUCAGAGAACAGAAGAGAAAUGGUGGUUGCCAGUCCCAUGUGUUCCUCCAGAAGGCCUUUCUGAGAAGUCGAGGAAACACUUGCGACACAAACGUGACUGCGCCAAUCAAAUUCAUAAAGCGGCAAUGGCUAUCAAUAGUAGUAUUCUGGCAGAGAUGGAAAUACCAGAAUCAUAUAUAGCAACUCUACCAAAGAGUGGAAAAGCAUGUCUAGGGGAUUCAAUAUACCGGUAUAUGCAGACAGCAGAAAAGUUCUCUCCUGACCAUCUCCUAGAAUGUCUCAAUAUAGCAUCUGAACUUGAAGCACUAGAACUUGCAGACAGAGUUGAAGCUUCAAUGUAUACAUGGAGAAGAAAAGCAUGCAUGAGUCAUUCAAAAUCCUCAUGGGACAUGGUAAAAGAUCUCAUGUCUGAUACUGACAGAAGCGACAAAAAUCAUAUUUUGGCAGAGAGAGCAGAGAGUUUGUUGUUCUGUUUGAAGCAGAAAUAUCCUGAGCUUUCACAAACAUCCUUGGACACAUGCAAGAUUCAGUACAAUAAGGAUGUGGGGCAAGCAAUACUAGAGAGCUACUCAAGAGUUUUGGAAGGUUUAGCAUUCAACAUUGUUGCAUGGAUUGAUGAUGUUGUUUUUGUAGAUAGAACUAUAAGAGACCAAGAUCAUUAGCGAUUUCUCAAAAAGAGGGACAAAAAGAGGGAUACAUCUUAAUCCCAACUCAGAUCUCUUCCUGUUCUACCUAAAUUGUUAGUCUUUAAUAUGUUUUUUAGGUACCACUUUUAAGGUUUUUAAGCAUGAAACGUUACAAAAUCAUCAAUUAGGUUUGGAACUUUAAGGUCUGAAUACUUGGGAAGAAAAAUUCAUCCUUUCUAGUAAUUGUGUAUGUAUAAUUGGAAGUUAUUUGUGCAAGACUUUAUGUUUUA